AUGGAGAUCGGUCUACUAAUCGCAUAUGGUGCCCUAGGUAUUAUGGCGGUGGCACCAAUCUAUUAUGGGUCAUUCGCUUCAGUCAAGUGGUCGAAGAAGUCGAAAUCCGGGCACACCGUUCAGAAAGUCGACUCGGAUUCUUCAGAAGACGAAACCACCAGUGAUCCUCUGACAACAGAGGAUGCGUAUCUUUUUCCAAUUUUCGGCUCCGCUGUUCUAUUUUCGUUAUAUUUGGUAUUCAAGCUGUUGGACAAAGAAUACGUGAACUAUCUCGUCACCGCAUAUUUUGCGUUCUUGGGGGUGGUCGCCGUGACGGAUGCCGGAGCAAUUCAGAUGCUUUCAUUGGAUUCAUUCAAAACUGGUAUGAUCCUUCUCAGUGGAUUAUUCUUCUACGAUAUAUUUUGGGUAUUUGGUACAGAGGUGAUGGUAACGGUGGCAAAGAGUUUCGACGCGCCAAUCAAAGUGGUUUGGCCUAAGAGGUGGUUCGGAUUGCAGCCUGAUGAGGCCUUACAAUUUACGAUGUUGGGACUAGGAGACAUAGUAAUACCUGGUAGGUUCCUCUCCUUAAACAUCGAUUCUAACACGGAAAACGUUGGAUUAAUGGGAACAAUUUCGCGUUUAGGAAUUUAUGUUGCGCUCUGUCUCCGCUUUGAUCACAGCAAUUACCUAAAAAAUAAUCCUAAUGCGCGUCGACAUUCAAGGUUCCCUACACCUUACUUUAAUAAUUGCUUCGCCGCAUACAUAUUGGGUCUUGCGACAACUAUAAUUGUCAUGCACACGUUCAAGGCCGCCCAACCUGCACUACUUUAUCUUUCACCAGCCUGCAUAUUAUCUGUCCUAAUCACGGGAAUACUGAAAAAUCAACUGAAGGAGGUUUUUGGCUACUCUGCUGAAAGUGCAGACAAAAAGGAUGACGGGAAGAAAACCGAGGACGUUCCAAAGCAGGCUUCAAGUGAAAGCGAAGGUGACGAAGGAUCGCCAAAGAAACGCGUUAUUGAAGAGAACGACAAAAAUGGAGAUAGUUCUGCAUUACUUACUGCUGAGGAUGAGGAUUAUGUCGAGGUAUCGGCUACCGGAGUUAAAAAUAAGAAAAAUAAGAAGAAACCUUCUAAAAAGAAGACUGGUUAA